CGCGGCUGACGUGGGGCGUUCAGGUACUCCCAUCGCCUACACACAAAGAGACAAAAUGGAGUUGACGCUACCUGGCUGAGGAAAAGUAUAGUUAGCGCACAAUAUUAUGUAAAACCUUCAGUUUUGAUCGUGUUUUUGAUUAAAAUAUAAUAAGCCAAAUCUACUGAGACCGAGGAUAUAGGAUUAAAAAUGUUUUGGAUGUUAAUCAUCGCCGCUUUAAUGGCAACAGAGUCCACCAUGGCCAUUUCGGUCCAGUGCCCCACAAAGAGGUACGUUGUCAUCCUCUUCCAGCCUGUAACCCUCAGCUGUAGUUACCAGACAAGCGCCACUCAACCUCCUGUUGUCACGUGGAAGUACAAAUCGUUUUGCCAGGACCCCAUCCAGGCUGCACUGAAUCCCAGCAGUGCAGCAAACGUCCUGGCUCAGAACAACCCCAACUACAACCCCAACAUUGAGUGUGCCGACAGCCAGAGGACAGUGCGCAUAGUGGCCUCGAAGCAAGGAAAUGCUGUUACCCUUGGCACAGAAUACCAGGGUCGCAAGAUCAGUGUCAUGAAUGAGGCAGACCUGAAUAUAGCUCAGACUGCAUGGGGCGACAGCGGUGUCUACGUCUGUUCUGUGGUCUCUUCCCAGGACCUUUCAGGAAAUGGUGAAGACUACACUGAGCUAAUUGUACUCGAGAGAAAGUCAAAUACUACUGACCUCCUGCCUGGCAUUGACUUACUGGUUAUGGAAGACUGGCUUCUGGUUGUUUUGGUGACUUUGGGCUUCCUGUUGCUGCUGAUCCUGAUUGGGAUCUGCUGGUGCCAGUGUUGUCCACAUACCUGCUGCUGCUAUGUCAGAUGCCCCUGCUGCCCCAACCGCUGCUGCUGCCCACAAGCAUUGUACGAGGCAGGGAAAGCAGUGAAGAAAGGUUUGCCCAGUCAGUAUGCUCCCACCCUCUAUGCUCCCAGUAUGUAUGCUCAGCCAGCAUACAGUGGCCAGCUAAUGGGCCAACCUGGUAUACCUAUGCUUCCUCAACCCAACGGAGUUGGGUAUCCACCUCCCCAUAAUGGUUACAUUCGUGAAUAUGAUGGCACCAGCUCAGUUGGGCAGGGAUCCCAGGUGCCUCUGCUGCAUGACCAAGAUGCUGGAGGGGACCACACUCGCAGUGGGUAUCGUAUCCAGGUGGACCCUGAUGGGAACGCUACACGUGCUAUUUACUAUAUGGAGAAGGAACUUUCUAAAUUGGACCCAUCUAGACCUGCUAACUUCAACCGCUUGGAUAACAUGACUGAAGUCAGUUCCCUGCAUGAGAGCUUUGAUACUCGAGGCCGCGGAGUUCGUUCCCAGCCGCCAGCUCUGGCCACAGUCUAUGACCGCGAUGAAGCCAUGAGCACCAUCAGCAGUGUUUCCCAGCAAGGCCACCGCCAUGAUAACUACACGCCACGUGGUGGAGGGUACAUGGGGGAUCGCGUACGUGCCCGCUCCAUGGAUGACCUUGACGACAUCGGACGGCGCAUUGGCCGUGAUGACUACCCGCCACACCGUCGCCCAGAUGAACCCAGAGGCAGGAGAGGCUCGGAUGAUGGGUGGAGCAGUAGUGCCCGCAGCGGCAAUGGCCGUGACUUUGAUGACCGCAGGCGUCGUGACUACUCCCCUGAUGAUCGUCGCAGAGGAGACGGAGGUGGCCUCCCAGGGAGACGCAGCCGCAGCCGUGACGAUCUGAUGGACCUGGAGAGGGCUCGCCGGCCUGAUGUCGGUGCCAGAGGCAUGCGAGAUGAUUAUGAUGACAGCAUCUUGCGAGAAGCCAUGGAGAGGAAGAAGAUGGGCGAACAGCAGAGAGCGCGCAGCCGGGAUCGACUGAACAGCGAGAGCGACCGCUCAGAUCGGGGGAGGGUGUCACGUGGGCCCCCGCCACUUCCUCACAACCCACCCUCUGGACAUCCCGGCCGGCGUGAUGACUUCCCACCUCCUCCACCACCACCAUACAGUGAUGAUGAAAGUAUGCCAUCUUCAAAGAAAAGUAACCUCCGCAAGAAUGGAGCUGUGAGUCGGGAGAGCCUGGUGGUGUAAACCCAACCAUGAUGCUUUGAUCCAUUAAAAGAAUCCAUUUAAAAUGACCACCUAAUUUCUAUGACUGUAAAUAUUAGUCACUGCUAAUUUGCUGUGCUGAUUUUUAUGUUUCAUACUUUAUAGUAAACUUAUCAUGAAUGAUGCUGAAUGUGUAUGUAUAAUUUUCAACAGCAAAGAGGUGCACAGAUGAAGUGUGUGUGUGUGUGUGUGUGUGUGUGUGUGUGUGUUCAUGUAUAAAACAUUGUGGCUGCCACAAGUGCCUUAGAGUGUACAGAAUUUAACUUGUAGAUGUUGACGAGUAAACGUUUUUAGAUUGUUUCAACUUUUUAAACUUUUGUGUAGUUUCAGUUAGCUGAUAUAGGUACUGAUAUAAAUUUGUAGGGGUCAAUAGACUUUUUACUUGUGUUAGUGUAAUUACAUACAUUUAAAGGAAAUGAUUUUAUCUUUGCUUUUAGUUGUGAUGGUCUGCUCAGUGCAUUUAGAAACCUGGUGAACAAAAAAGUCUUGGUUACAAUUUGUCUUUGAGUACUUACAUUUUAUUUUUUGUCUUCUUUUUUUACACAAAAUUUCAGUUUUAACCUGCAGUAUAUUGUACAGCCAACCAGUAAUACAAAUGCUUAUUGUGUUGUGAUGAAACCUAAUUUUACAAUAAAGGUCUUUAUCAGGCCAUUUA